AUGGAUUCUCUUACGACCCAUCCUUCUACCGCGCAGCAGGCCCGGGCCUUCACUUCCCCCGCCUCUCUGUCCUUCCCCGGUGGUGCCGGCGACUUGACUCCGCCUUCCGAUAAAGACGGAAACAUGGCGAUGGCUCAGGGUGCGAAUGGGAUGAUGAACGGUCAGCAGCAGGGAGGAAAUGCCGCUAAUGGCAACGGGGUGGCGCCCGCAACUCCAGCUGCGACUCCCGGUGCCAACACUCCGGGAAGUGGCAUUGUGCCUACGUUGCAAAACAUUGUCGCGACGGUCAACCUUGACUGUCGUCUGGACUUGAAAACGAUCGCUCUCCACGCAAGAAAUGCGGAGUACAACCCUAAGCGUUUCGCGGCCGUGAUCAUGCGUAUCCGAGAGCCGAAGACGACCGCUUUGAUCUUCGCCUCCGGCAAGAUGGUGGUUACUGGUGCCAAGUCGGAGGAUGACUCCAAGCUGGCUUCCAGAAAAUACGCACGUAUCAUUCAGAAGCUUGGUUUCAAUGCCAAGUUCACGGAUUUCAAGAUCCAGAACAUCGUGGGUUCUUGCGAUAUCAAGUUCCCCAUCCGCCUGGAGGGUUUGGCCAGUCGCCAUCACAACUUCAGUUCCUACGAACCUGAAUUGUUCCCCGGUCUUAUCUACCGCAUGAUGAAGCCUAAGAUCGUGCUGCUUAUCUUCGUCAGUGGAAAGAUCGUCCUCACCGGUGCUAAGGUCCGUGAGGAGAUCUACCAGGCGUUCGAACUGAUCUAUCCUGUGCUUUCGGAUUUCCGUAAAGUCUAA